GAUAUAUCCCACGACUCGCAGCGCACGUGUUCGGGGUCUCGCCGCUUGUGAAAUUUACAUUUACAGAAUUGCUCGUAAUUGAAACGAAAACGCAAAGAAAAUGUCGAAAGGCAACAUACACACGGGUUUAAUGCAUUUUUGAUUUGUGCUGUUGUCUAACAGAAAGUGCAGGCAGAAUUGAUUCAAUGUCUGAGUGAUGUGUUUGAAAAUAACAAAAAAUAGUUCCGAUUGAAAGCCACAUGGAUCGUGUGAUUGUGUUAGAUAAUGACAAGUACAACUACAAGAGUUAAUGUUCCUCUCUCUAAUUUUCGGUAUCAUUGAAACCAAGUGAGUGUUGAGGUGAAGAAAUCAAAAGAAAGUCAACCUGUGCAUCGACGAGGAUCAUGGCCAUGCCUGGGAUAUGCAAAGGCUGCACCUUAAUGCUAAUCAUUACAAUUAUGACAAGUACGAGUAUGGCGAUCUUAUUAGAGGCCCAGCAAUUGCCUCAAGCAAUCAAGAACCGGCAAGGAGUUAAGUUAUCAUCCAAAUCCAGAAACACUAGCAUCAACGACUCGUUUUCACCGCUUUCUUCGCCAGAGUCGUCUAUCGAAAGUGAUUAUGUCUACAUUGCCUCGCUUUUCCAUAAUAGAAAUCACUCGCCUCAUUUGAACAAUGCCGUGAAUGAGGAGCCGGAGCCCGAUGAGCAGGGAAUAGAUGAGACUAACUAUCCGCCACCCACUUUUGACUUUGGCAUGCUUAGAAAUAUAACAGCCCGUACGGGACACACGGCGACCAUCAAUUGCCGAGUGGACCAUCUGGGAGAUAAAUCGGUAUCCUGGAUAAGGAAACGCGAUUUGCACAUCCUGACUGCAGGCGUUUUGACCUACACCUCUGAUGAGCGUUUCAAGGUUGUUCGCACCGCCGACUCCAAGGAUUGGACAUUGCAUGUAAAAUACGCUCAGCCACGCGACAGCGGCAUCUACGAGUGCCAAGUGAAUACGGAGCCAAAGAUUUCCAUGGCAUUCCGCCUGAAUGUCAUAGUGACGCCGCCAGAUGCUAAAGCGAUAAUUGCUGGUCCGACGGACUUGUACGUCAAAGUGGGCAGCGUCAUAACGCUCACAUGCCUGGUGAAACAGCCAACGCCAUCGGCACAUGAUAUUGGGCCAAUUUACUGGUAUCGCGGCCCCUACAUAUUGACGCCAUUUGUUGCCCAUCCAAAUGAAGCGGCCAUUGAUUUGCAGCGUAUCUCCAUGGAAUCAACACUGGCAGAGAAGCUACAGAGCAGAUUACGCAUUGCCAACGCACAACUGCUUGACACGGGCAAUUAUACGUGCAUGCCGACCACAGCGGAGGCCGCCAGUGUGGUGGUGAAUGUCAUCCAUGAUGAAAGCCCCGCUGCGAUGCAGAAGAGUAAAGGUGUGCGAGUAGCCAGCAGCAGUGGGAGCAAUCGAAUGGUUCUAAUCAUGGCGUUGGCUGCCAGUUCAGUUGUGCGAUGGCUACUCUGCUGCAACUGUUCUUUAUCGAAUUUUUCCAUUCUGCAUAUCAACUACGAGUAUAUCCACUAUUGUAUAGCAGCAGUUGCUUUUAAGACGCAAGCGAUCAGCGAGCUACGGGUAGACCUUGGGCAAACUCUGUCUGAAUCAUGAUAAGUAAUUGUUAAUGUGGAUAUUUGAAUAUAUUGUACAUAGUUAAGAAUUAAUAUAAACACUCAAUCCAGACCAUACAGAAUAAGGAAACCAUUGCGUAGUUUGUGUGUUUAAUGUAAAUAUAUUUAAUUAACCAGUAAAGACUUUGAUCAAUAAAAUAAAGGCAAUCACCUCAAUUGGUUAUGCUGGAAAGAAAAAGAGAAUAUAGACAUAAUUAUAUUAAAAUAGUGAAAACAGCUGACAUUUAGGCUAUCGAAUAUUUGUAUAGUUCUUCAUAUUUAAUAUUUGGCAUAAAUAGCUAAAAUACUGACUUGGCUGCACCACG